AUGGCAGAUGUUGAGGUCCUGCGUGCACAUGCCGAUGCUCUUUUUGCUCGCGAUGGCGGGCUCGACCCGCCCUCGUCGGUGAUUUUGUCCUGGCCAGCACCCAACUACGUCAAUCCGGAAGCUCACGACUGGACGGGGACAGUCGUAGUGAUUAUAUUUUUAGUUUUGACAUUCGCUGUCUUCGUAGCUCGCAUCUGGGCUCGAUUGAGGCUAGCGAAGAACGCUGGUCUUGAUGACUUGCUCAUGUCGGUUGCGAUGAUUCCUUUGGUAGGAGCAACGGUUUCCGUGGUGCUAGCAGGUGUUAGAGUCUACGGCUUUCAAUGGCAUGCCUGGGACCAGACGGCGCAGACUUUAAUCACGACUCGACAGAUCACCAUGGCAAUCGAAUUGACUUAUCUAGCAGCCACAACGCUCAUCAAGAUCUCGAUCCUCUGCUUCUACCGCCGCAUAACGGAGGGUCUGACUAUGGGUUUCGUGUACUGGGUCUGGGCGUCUAUCGCCUUCGUUGCAGCUUACGGCAUCACGUUCACGUUCGUCAUAAUCUUCAGCUGCUCUCCGGUUGUAGGGUACUGGCGCUAUUUCGACAUAAUCUGGAGGCUGGAGAACGAACUGCAUUGCCACAACGAAGGGGCAGAGAUCGUCUCAGUGGUCGUCAUCAGCACGCUACAAGACUUCUUCAUCUGCGCGCUGCCGAUAUUCCUGGUCUGGAAUCUGCACAUCCCGAAACGGCAGAAGGUUGCGCUGAUUGCGCUAUUCGGAAUGGGCCUGCUGACAUGCGUGUGCGGCAUCAUGCGUACUUACUACGCCAUCUAUGUCUACUACGCCACGUAUGACAUUACAUGGUACGCAUACUACGGCUGGAUAUGGACGGCGCUCGAAGCAGAUCUCGGUGUUAUCUGCGCCUCCGCACCUGCCCUCAAGGUCUUCUUCCGUCGCUACUUCAGCCAGUUCACCAACCGCAGCGGUCACUCCGGAUCGAGUGGAAAGAAA